AUGCCCGAGCCUGUUAUCCCCCCUCGCUCUCCUGCUCGUCAAUCACCCACUCGAGGCACAUUCGCUCCACUCCGCGAUACUGUGAUCGAAGAAGACAAGCCUGUUGAGACCACUCCUUCCAAGAAACAGAACAACCGCAUGUCAUCCACAACCAGCCCCAUGCGUCGGCGUACCACGAACCGAUCUCGAAGAGAACCACUGAAGACAAUCCAGCCUCGCGCCAUGAAGCGCGAGUCUAUACAGUCUUCGAAGUCAAAACGUUACUCUAAGCGCUCCAGUGGCAUCUCCUCCAUUGCAUCUGGGCUCCCUGUGAGAUUCAGCGGCGCAGGCCACGGCGCCGGUGGAUUCGGUCCUCCAGGUCACGGCGUUGUUCACACAUCAUGGCAAAACCCACGACAAUCGUUGAUGAGCGAUGAGACCAGUCUAACCAACAUUGCACCAAUGUUCCCACGGCCCCCAGCAGCAGCACGGAUGCGCCAUAGCAUGGCAUACAGUAUGGCAUCUAGCAUCCCCGACAACUACAAGCGCAUGACACUGCGAACCGUCGAACCAGAUGAAUCCACUAUCUCCGAAGCCGACUCCCUCGAGGCUUUCGUGCACAGCCGUGCUAAAAACCGCAACUCCUCCAACCCUCUCUUCUCUGCACAAAUCAGCCGUCGCACUUCCUCCGCCUUCCGCGCUCUGAACCGCAACCACAGUACUCGCAGCCGCGCUGAUACGGUCUCCGUCUCGACCUUCAGCGAUGAGUAUCGACGAUCCAUCCACGACCGGCCCCAGUCGACUGCCAUGUCGAUGUCUGAAUAUGGAGAUGAUAACAACAACCGUUAUUCGCACUACCAAAAUAUGCAACCGGCUGGACUCUUCCCGCUCGCCGAGGAUAGUGUCAAUGGCGCAAGUCAAUUGAGCCUCGCACAGGAAUACCGCGGUGCUAUCUCUCCGAUCCCCCGUUUCUGGAGCGAGAACAGCCUGGCGAGUGCUCGUCAACCACGGCCCCCAUCCAAGUAUAAUGAUGAGAACGCCAUCCCACAGAGUUCAUCCAUGGUCUCUGACCUGGACGAACAUCUCAACCGCAAGGUCAGCCCUGCGACCAAACCCAACCACCAAUGGCGGUUGUCGCCCCUUGAGCCCCCGGCGCCCGUGAAGAGUCAUAGCAACCGGGGUCUACCUAUAGCCAGCAGCGGCGAGCUGGCAUUUGUCUGA